AUGUAUGCAUCCGACUCUGACCUGACACGCCCGAUGGAAGGGUCAGUGGACAAACCCAGUGGUCAACUUCUGAAUGAUGAAGUUGUCAUUGCACAACAGGGUCGAACCCGUGUCAAGGAUGGAGAAUAUUAUGACCGGAGACGAGCUGAAGAGGAGCUGCAGAAACAUUUGCCAAGAAAACGAAAAGCAGCACCAGUUAAAUUCCUGGUCGAUCGAAUGCGCUUCACCAAACGUGGCUAUCACAGAUAUCUCCCAUAUCGUGAUAUCCAGCAUUUCUAUCAACCAGAAGGACAGAGCAACGCAUUUGUGCUAUUCACAAAGGAUAAAAAAGGACGGUUCAGUUAUGAGUCGUACAAAUGUUCAUCACCACAAGACGUUGAACGUGUGAAAGAACUGAUCAAUCAUGCGGGGAAUGAUCGCCAGAAAUUACUGAAUGAAACCGAUUACUACUACCCAUCCAGUAGGCGUGGCUCAAGGGCGUCGUCAGCCAGUUCUGAGUAUUAUUUGACAACAACACCAUCGACUAACGUAUCUCGAGCUUCUUCUAUGAUUUAUCCUGCAGACUACAGCGAUGUUUAUUAUCCACCGGUGGAACAGCGCCCGGUUAUGGUGUACGAGACUCGCGUGAGUCGACCAGCCAGUACCGAACCGAGAUAUGAAUAUAGACGGGCUCCGUCUCUCCCCAGUUCCUAUGUGUAUGUACCAAGGCAGGAAACAACAGUUUCAAACUACACACCUUAUGUCCAACAACGACCAUCGUAUGUGAUUCGACGAUCUGUGACACCAUCUCGUCUAUCAGCUCAACCGGUUCGAAAGUCAUUCAUGGACGAGGAUACUACCUACAUCCGAUCGGACAGUGUGCAUGGCACACAAGUGGUUGAUAACGGUCCGGUGUACAUGUACAUGUCACGUUCACGAUCCAACUUGAACCAGUAUAAUUACUAA